AUGGAUGCUCUCUCUUGGCAAGAGAUCAUACCAGACUGGAACACCUCCUUGCGGAAGACAUCUCCUGCCGUGGGACUGGACACAUACCUCUGGCAGACGGAAAGAUGUCUGGCAUCCAUCUCAUCCUGCUGCACCACAGGGCUGGACCAGAACCCAGAACACAGCAGAAGACUUCGUGAACUUCUGCAGCCAAACUUGGGCAACCUCUUUCAGGACGUGCUGCGGCUGCCAAAGAUCACUUCAGACUGUACCAGGAUCAAAGAAUGGUUUGAACGGCUCUAUCACGACCCUGAGGCACUCUCCCCUGGAUACGCACCAGCGCCAUUUUGGCAUUGUGCGGCUGCCGAGAUAGCGCAUCACCUGCAGGACCUCAGACCGAUCACGCUGUUGGAACCGUGCAGUAAGGUCGUGGCACAGAAGAUGCUCUGGCCAGAGUCUUCAGACAUUGCGAUGCUGUGGAAUGCUGCUCACCCUGGACUUGUCGAAGACUCGACACCUGGAAACAUCAAAGGGCAUCAGACAAGGGUGCAAAGCUGCCCCGACCUUGUGGGCAGCAUACGUGGUGACGUCUCCUGA